CAUGGGAAGUGUAGUUUUUCUCCGUUGGUAGCCGCUUGUACCGUUUUGCACAGCUGGCUAGCUUUGCUUACGCUUCUGCAGCCGAAAUUAGCGCUUCGCCCUCAUUGACAAAAACCCAGAAGGGGUUAAUAAACAGCCCCGCGAUGACGGACGAGCAGGAGAUCAUGUGCAAACUGGAGAAUAUUAAGGAAAUAAGGAAUAAGACGGUUCAGAUGGAGAAGCUGAAGGCCCGUUUGCGGAGCGAGUUCCAGGCUCUGGAGAACGAGGAGAAGCACCUGAGGGAAUAUAAACAGGAAAUGGAUCUCCUGCUGCAGGAGAAGAUGGCCCACGUGGAGGAACUGCGACUAAUUCACGCUGAUAUUAAUGUGAUGGAGAACACUAUAAAGCAGUCUGAGAGUGAUCUGAAUAAGCUGCUGGAGUCCACGCGGAGGCUGCACGACGAGUACAAGCCACUGAAGGAGCACGUGGACGCCCUCCGAGUGACCCUCGGUCUCCAGAGACUGCCGGACCUCAGCCAAGAGGAAGAGAGACUCUCUCUGGAUUACUUUGAGAAGCAGAAGGCCGAGUGGCAGACCGAACCUCAGGAACCCCCAAUCCCAGAAUCCUUAGCAGCAGCAGCAGCCGCGGCCCAGCAGCUCCAGGCAGCAAGAAAGCAGGACACCCGGCAGCCGGCUACUUUCAGACAGCAGCCCCCACCCAUGAAGGCGUGUCUGUCCUGCCAUCAGCAGAUCCACCGAAACGCUCCGAUCUGUCCUCUCUGCAAAGCCAAGAGCCGCUCGCGCAACCCCAAAAAGCCUAAGAGGAAACCUGACGAGUAACACAACACAGACCACACUUACUUCCUGGGACACUCGUCCAUUCCCACUGUGCUGAGUAGCCAGUUUGGCGUCCAGUCUCUGAGUUCUCCUCUUCCUCUUUAUUGAUUUCUUCAUGUUAACAGUUAUUAAACGAAAACACAUCAUGUGCUCACCAUUUCAGGUGUCCAGUACUAAGAUAUGUUAGAUUUCACAUCAUUUUCAUUGUUUUAUUUUUGUAUUGCUGUAACAUCUGUGUCUGUGUGUUAUGUCUGUCUCUGUCAUUUGGCCUGAGAUAGAAAAUUGACAGAAAAAUCCGCAUGGAUCUCAAUAUGAACUGAACAAAGUUCACAGAGACUCAUUUCUUAGGAAGGUUUGUAUGUUCCAGAGCCAGUUCUAGAUCACACUCCAUUCCAGAGCUGAUUCUUGAAUUCUAGAGCCUGUUAUAGAAUGCUGGGUGCCAGAGACAAGUUCGAGUUGCAGAGCUGUAUGUUCUAGAGCCUGUCCUAGAGCACAUUUUAUUCCAGAGACAAUUCUAGAACACGUUCAGUUUCAGACCAGUUCUAGAUUACACUCCAGAGCUGUGGUCCAGAGCUGAUUCUUGAAUUCUAGAGCCUGUUAUAGAAUGCUGGGUGCCAGAGACAAGUUCGAGUUGCAGAGCUGUAUGUUCUAGAGCCUGUCCUAGAGCACAUUUUAUUCCAGAGACAAUUCUAGAACACGUUCAGUUCCAGAUCAGUUCUAGAUCACACCCCAUCCCAAAGCUGAUUCUUACAUUCUAGAGCCUGUUAUAGAAUUCUUGGCGCCAGAGACAAGUUUGAGUUGCAGAGCACUAUGUUCCAGAGCCAGCUUUAGAGCACACUUGGUUCCAGAGACAAAUCUUGAACACAUUCAGUUUCAGACCAGUUCUAGAUUACACUCCAGAGCUGUGGUCCAGAGCUGAUUCUUGAAUUCUAGAAACUGUUAUAGAACGCUUGGUGCCAGAAACAGGUUCUAGUUGCAAAACAGUUCUGGGUCACACCCAGUCCCAGAACUGAUUCUUGAACACUAUUCCAGAGCUGGUUCUAGAGUGCACGUUUUUUUCAAGCAGGUUAUACAAUACAUUCAGCCCCAGAGUUGGUUCUAGAGCUCACUUGGUUUCUACAGGCAGUUUUACAAGAUUCAGUUCCAGAGCCGGUUCUAAAGCAUGCUUGGUUCCAGAGACAAUUCUAGAACACAUUCAGUUCCUGAUCAGUUAUAGCUCACACUAUAUUCCAGAGCUGAUUCUUGAAUUCUAGAGCCUGUGAUAGAAUGCUUGGUGCCAGAAACAAGUUUCUAGUUGCAGAGCAGUUCUAGAUCAAACACAGUCCCAAAACUGAUUCUUGAACACUAUUCCAUAGCCGGUUCUAGAGUGCACUUGUAUUUUCAAGCAAGUUAUACAAUACAUUCAGUUCCAGAGCUGGUUCUGGAGAUUACUUCGUUUCUAGAGGCAGUUCUACCACACAUUCACUUCCAGAGAUGGUUCUAGAGUACCCUUGGUUCCAGCUCUAGAACACUCCUGUGGAAUGUUGGAGAAUUGCAGAAAGCCUGCAGGGUCUUCACAGCACAUUCGGUCCUGUUGAUGAAGCUCCUGUGUUCAUGUAUUGUUUGUGUAGUGUGGCUGAUUGUAUGUGUAUGUUUUUAUUAUUAAACUCUAAUAAUCGCUCAACUGAA